GGCCCCGCCCACCCCCGCGCGGAGGACUGUGGGAGCGGCUUCCUUGGAUUCCGCGCUUGGCAACGGCUCGGCGUCGCGCUUUGGCCAACCACCACGUAGUCACUGGGCCCGCUUCCCUCAGCGUGAGGUACAAAUGAUGCAAAAUGUGCACCUGGCUCCAGAGACAGAUGAAGAUGAUCUUUAUUCUGGAUAUAAUGACUACAAUCCAAUCUGUGAUAUCGAGGAAUUGGAGAAUGACGCAGCUUUUCAGCAAGCUGUGAGAACUAGUCAUGGCAGAAGACCUCCAAUAACUGCUAAAAUACCAAGCACGGCAGUUACUAGACCUAUAGCUACUGGAUAUGGGUCCAAGACAUCCCUGGCAUCAUCCAUAGGAAGACCAAUGACAGGGGCUAUUCAGGAUGGAGUUACUAGACCCAUGACAGCAGUGAGAGCAGCUGGUUUUAUCAAAGCAGGUUUGAGAGGCUCUGCAUUUGACCCACUUGGUCAGUCAAGGGGCCCUGCUCCUCCUUUGGAAGUCAAGAAAAAAGAUAGCCCAGAAGAAAAAAUAAAGCAAUUAGAGAAGGAAGUAAAUGAGUUGGUAGAAGAAAGCUGUAUUGCUAAUAGUUGUGGAGACUUAAAAUUGGCCUUAGAAAAGGCAAAAGAUGCAGGAAGAAAAGAGAGAGUCCUGGUGAGACAGCGAGAACAAGCUACAACUCCAGAAAAUAUCAAUUUGGAUUUAACUUACUCAGUUCUUUUCAAUUUGGCCAGUCAGUAUUCAGUUAAUGAAAUGUAUGCCGAAGCACUUAACACAUAUCAAGUUAUAGUGAAAAAUAAGAUGUUUAGCAAUGCAGGAAUAUUGAAAAUGAAUAUGGGAAAUAUCUAUUUAAAGCAAAGAAAUUAUUCCAAAGCCAUUAAAUUCUACCGAAUGGCAUUAGACCAAGUUCCAAGUGUCAAUAAGCAAAUGAGGAUUAAAAUAAUGCAGAACAUUGGAGUUACAUUUAUUCAGGCUGGUCAGUAUUCAGAUGCCAUUAAUUCAUAUGAGCACAUAAUGAGCAUGGCACCAAAUCUGAAGGCAGGCUACAACCUAACUAUCUGUUAUUUUGCUGUUGGAGACCGAGAAAAAAUGAAGAAGGCCUUCCAAAAAUUGAUUGCUGUUCCAUUAGAAAUUGAUGAAGAUAAAUAUAUUUCACCAAGUGAUGAUCCUCAUACUAACUUAGUAACUGAAGCUAUAAAAAAUGAUCAUCUAAGGCAAAUGGAACGUGAAAGGAAAGCCAUGGCAGAAAAAUACAUCAUGACAUCUGCAAAACUCAUUGCUCCUGUAAUUGAAACAUCUUUUGCUGCAGGUUAUGAUUGGUGUGUGGAAGUGGUGAAAGCUUCUCAAUAUGUAGAGCUAGCCAAUGAUCUGGAAAUAAACAAAGCAGUUACAUACUUGAGACAAAGGGACUAUAACCAGGCUGUAGAGAUCUUAAAAAUGUUGGAAAAAAAGGACAGUAGAGUGAAAAGUGCAGCUGCGACCAAUCUCUCAGCCCUGUAUUAUAUGGGGAAGGAUUUUGCACAAGCCAGCAGCUAUGCAGAUAUAGCUGUGAACUCUGAUAGAUAUAAUCCAGCAGCUCUUACUAAUAAAGGGAAUACAGUUUUUGCAAACGGUGAUUAUGAGAAGGCCGCUGAAUUCUAUAAAGAGGCUUUAAGAAAUGAUUCUUCUUGUACUGAAGCACUUUAUAAUAUUGGUCUUACCUAUGAGAAACUGAAUCGGCUAGAUGAGGCUUUGGACUGUUUCCUGAAACUUCAUGCAAUCCUACGAAACAGUGCCGAAGUUCUUUACCAGAUAGCAAAUAUAUAUGAAUUAAUGGAAAAUCUCAGUCAAGCUAUUGAAUGGCUAAUGCAGGUGGUGAGUGUUGUUCCAACCAAUCCUCAAGUUUUAGCUAAACUAGGAGAAUUAUAUGAUCGUGAAGGAGAUAAAUCUCAAGCAUUUCAGUAUUACUAUGAGUCAUAUAGAUAUUUUCCUUGUAAUAUUGAAGUCGUUGAGUGGCUUGGAGCCUAUUACAUUGACACCCAAUUUUGGGAAAAAGCCAUUCAAUACUUUGAAAGAGCUUCUCUUAUACAGCCUACACAAGUGAAAUGGCAGCUGAUGGUAGCUAGUUGUUUUAGAAGAAGUGAGCAUAAAAAUGACCCAGGGAAAGAAAGUAUUUGGCCAGGCGCAGUGGCUCACGCCUGUAAUGCCAGCACUUUGGGAGGCCGAGGCAGGUGGGUUUCUGGCAGCGUGAGGAUAGGACUCAUGGAGAAAGACCCUUUAAUCCCCCUUCCAAGGAAUUCAGUUCUCCCUGGUCCAGAGAUUGCAAAGUGUCUGCGUUUCUUGGUUCGUCUCUGCACAGAUCUUGGAUUAAAAGAUGCUCAAGAAUAUGCCAGAAAACUGAAGAGGUUGGAAAAAAUGAAAGAAGUAAGAGAACAGCGCAUAAAGUCUGGCAGAGAUGGCAGUGGGGGCUCCCGUGGCAAAAGAGAGGGAAGUGCUAGCAGUGAUAGUGGCCAGAACUGUAGUGCCAGUAGUAAAGGUGAACGACUAAGUGCCAAACUCAGAACCUUACCCGGGACAAAUGAACCUUAUGAAAGUAGCAGUAACAAAGAAAUAGAUGCCUCAUAUGUGGACCCACUUGGCCCUCAAGUAGAAAGACCAAAAACCGCAGCCAAAAAAAGAAUCGAUGAGGAUGAUUUUGCUGAUGAAGAAUUAGGGGAUGAUUUGCUUCCAGAAUAAUACUCAUUUUAAUAUGAUAUUUAUUAAAGGAAAGAAAUUGCCUUAUGAGAUCAGCCUCAUGUUAAACUUUGGAUUAAAUAACCUUUUUUUUUUUUUUACUGUCAAAACUUUAAAUAAGUGUAUUCUAUUCUGUAAGUAUGCAUUUAAGUUCUUUUUUUCUUUUAAGGAAUAAAAACAUGUAAAACUAA